CGGACAUUGGCCCUUCAACUUUCGCAUUCUGCACCCUAACUUUGCCAGAAUCUCUCGAUAGCCGCUCCAUUGAAACGACCUUAUAAAAAGCCAACUUUGUUAUUUUCCAUCAUGUCUCGUCUUCCUGCUGUUUUGAACCCCACCGAGCAAGAUUUGCAAAUGCUCCUUGCUGCUCAGUCCCACCUUGGUACCAAGAAUGUCAUGGAGCGUAUGAAGCCUUAUGUCUACAAGACCCGUGCUGAUGGUAUCAACAUCAUCAACAUUGGCAAGACCUGGGAGAAGCUCGUCUUUGCUGCCCGUAUCAUUGCUUCUAUUGAAAACCCUCAGGACAUUUGUGUGAUUUCGGCCAGACCUUACGGUCACCGUGCUGCCUUGAAGUUUGCCAAGUACAUUGGUGCCGAGGCCAUCGUCGGCCGUUUCACGCCUGGUACCUUCACCAACUACAUCACCCGCUCGUUCCGUGAACCUCGCUUGAUCAUCUGUACGGAUCCCCGCACUGACCACCAAGCCAUUCUCGAAGCGUCGUAUGUGAACAUCCCGGUGAUUGCCUUCUCCGACACCGACUCGCCCUUGCAGUUCGUCGAUGUUGCCAUCCCUACCAACAACAAGGCCAAGCACGCCAUCGGUUUGGGUUACUGGUUGUUGGCCCGUGCCAUCCUCCGCUUGCGCGGCACCUUGGACUACGAAACUCCCUGGGAUGUCAUGGUCGACAUGUUCUUCUUCCGCGACCCCGAGGAAGCCGAGAAGGAGGCUGCUGCUGCCGCUGCUGGUUUGGAAGGCAAGGAAGAAACCGGCGAAUGGGGUGGUGCUGCCGAGGCCGACUGGUCUUUGGAAGGCGCUGCUGCUGAUGGUGCAGCUGGUAUCGCUCCUGCUGCUACAGAAUGGUCUGCCCAGGCUCCUUCUGACUGGGCCGAAGAUGGUGCAGUUGGCGGCUCGACCAGCUGGGCUGACGCCACUCCCUCCAGCACCAACGCUGGCGGCUCGUCGUGGGACUAAACUGUCCAGUUGACGCUGUGUUAUGCAAUGACUAAACAGGAUACAUAUGAAGUGUCGUUAAACAAAUAAAAAAGAAAGCCCUUUCUAUAUGUGCUUUUUUGUUGUUUC